UAAUUUAUCUAUGUCAAUUUAUAUUUUGAGGUGAUCCUGAAUUGUGAAUUCUGCGAACCAUACAGAUAAAUUAAUAAAAUGUUUGGAGGAAGAACUCCUGUGCUUGUAUUAAGCCAGAACACUAAACGAGAAUCGGGUCGGAAAGUUCAGCUGGAAAACAUCAAUGCCGGAAAACAAAUAGCAGACGUGAUUCGAACAUGUUUGGGGCCCCAAGCUAUGUUGAAAAUGUUGAUGGAUCCAAUGGGAGGAAUCGUAAUGACUAACGAUGGAAAUGCGAUAUUACGAGAAAUCACAGUGCAACAUCCUGCUGCCAAGAGUAUGAUUGAGAUUGCUAGAACACAGGAUGAAGAAGUUGGAGACGGCACAACUUCAGUAAUUGUUUUAGCAGGAGAGAUUCUAACAAUAACAGAACAGUUUUUACAACAGCAGAUGCACCCUACAGUAAUUAUUCGUCAGUACAGGCAAGCUUUAGAUGACAUUGUCACAUUAAUAGAAGGGCCUCUAAGUGUCCCUGUGGAUAAAAAUGAUAGAAAUGCCGUGGCUGGUGUAGUGAAAAGCUGUAUUGGCACCAAAAUUCUUAGCAAAUGGGACGACUUGGCCGUAAAUAUAGCUUUAGAUGCAGUGAACACUGUUACUAUAGUAGACAAUGGUCGUACAGAAGUUGAUAUUAAAAGAUAUGCUAAAGUAGAGAAAAUUCCUGGUGGGGCUAUUGAAGAUUCGCAAGUACUUCGUGGAGUGAUGGUGAAUAAAGAUGUUACACAUCCAAAAAUGAAGAGAUACAUUCAGAAUCCCAGGAUCGUUCUAUUAGAUUGCCCUUUGGAAUACAAGAAAGGAGAGUCCCAAACAAACGUGGAGCUUUCUGGUGAAUCUGAUUUUACGAGGAUGUUAGAGAUCGAGGAGGAGCACGUCCGCAAAAUCUGCGAAGAUAUAAUUGCACUGAAACCAGAUGUGGUGUUUACAGAGAAGGGUGUAUCAGAUUUAGCCCAGCAUUAUCUUUUGAAAGCUGGCAUCAGUGCAAUUCGUCGUGUUCGUAAAACAGAUAAUAACAGAAUUGCCAGGGCUUGCGGAGCUACUAUAGUGAAUAGAACUGAAGAGUUGCAAGAAUCUGAUGUUGGAACUGGUUGUGGACUUUUUGAAAUUAAGAAGAUUGGUGACGAAUAUUUCUGCUUCUUAACUGAGUGUAAAAAUCCCAAGGCGUGUACUAUAUUACUGCGUGGAGCCAGCAAGGAUAUUUUGAAUGAAGUUGAGCGUAAUUUACAGGAUGCCUUACAGGUGACCAGAAAUAUUAUAAUCAGCCCACGUUUAGUCCCUGGUGGGGGAGCGAUUGAGAUGGCUGUUGCACAAAAACUCCAAGCUAAAGCUACUCACGGUCCGUAUGCUGCCAUGGCACAAGCUCUGGAAAUUAUUCCACGAACACUGGCUCAAAAUUGUGGAGCAAAUACAAUUCGUACGCUGACAGCAUUAAGAGCCAGACAUGCAGCCCAUACGGAUGCCAAUCGUCCAUGUAUGUGGGGCAUCGAUGGCGAAACAGGCGAAAUAGUCGAUAUGGAGAAGAAGGGCAUUUGGGAGCCUCUUGCUGUUAAGUUGCAAAUCUACAAAACUGCCGUGGAAACUGCGAUAUUGUUGCUUCGUAUCGACGACAUCGUUUCAGGUUCAAAAAAGGCAGGUGACAAAGACAAGGAGCCUCCAAAACCAUCUGAAAUCGCUGAAGGUAAAGAAUAAUUAAUUUAUUUAACAUGAUCUUCCUACUCUUUUUUUUAACUGCGUAUUUCGCUAAUAAUUGCUACCACAUUGCAUUUGUAAAAUCACGUAACAGUUACUUUUUUUUUAAUAAUAAUGUUAGUUCCCAGUGUUUUUGUUUGUUUACAAUAUUAA